UAAACCUUGUGUUUAUUGCAGCUGAUGCGCGCCAAUAAUUGUUUACUCCCUGAUAGUGCGGAUUGUAAUAGCAGUGGAAAGAAUUUUGUUUUUACGCGGUUAAAACAACGAAUUGUGUGGAUUGUGAUAGUUCUUCUAUUUCCCGAAGCAUAGUUGCUAAUUCCACUUUUCCAGAGAGGCCGGGAACUGUAAACGUGUGAAACGAUGACUCCAAGCCACCACCACUCCCUACCUGGCCAUGAGCUUUAUGAUCGUCUACGGGAAGCUCUACGUUUGGCAUCCUAUGAUGAACUUGAUAGCAUCUUGAUCGAGCUUAAAACAGUAUGUUGUACCGCAGCGGAAGAAUCCGACAAGAAAGAAUGCGACAAAAAGCGCAGCAUCGAAAAGGAUGAACUUAAAUUUUGGCUCAUCGAUGUUGGGCGCCUGAUGUUCGAAGAAAAGGCUAAAACUAGAGAGCUAGCUCUGGAUGCAUUUGAGUCUGCUGUGGUCCACAUCCGUGCCACGGACUAUCAAGAUCAUUCAUCAUGGAGUGAAUUACGAGAGAUAGUCAGCAAGGAAUACACAUCCCUGCUAGAUAUAGCCCGCAGCGAGAAGGAUCCCAACUGGCAUCGGGUAUGGUCGGUUCUGGUGCGAAUUAUGAAUCGAGAUCUUUGCCAGGGCUCGACAAUCAUAAACAUGUUCUUAUCGAUCGUUGAAGCUGGAUUUCGUUCUCCAGAGCUAUCAAUCCGGGAACAAUCAUUUGAUUGCUGGAGGUUACUGGUUGAAAUCUUUGCCAAUAACAAACAGAUCAACAUACCUAAACGGGUGAAGUUGAUAUGCAUUCCGCUGAAAAGCUCCAAAUCCAAAACGGAAACAAUUGCAUUGAAAAAAUUUGACAUCUGGUGGUACCUGCUAUGCCAACUACGUCCGCAAUUGGACACUAUGGCCGAAACUAUUUUUGAACCAUUUAUAUACUUCUGUUUUGGACCUUCAUUUAAGACGCCCUUGUGCUAUUAUUUUGAUGAAUCAUAUAAAGAGCUCGGUGCUCCGGGUAAAAUGUAUCAGUCUAUCAAACAACUAUCAGGCAUUGCGUUAAUUCAUCUUCUAGGACCAGCCACGGAUAUUUGUAAAACGCUACUUACCUGUCCGGACAAUAGUGGUUCAACACUAUCUUUUGAAUUCCCUCAAACUGAAAUGGCCAUUUCUGAUAUGCUGUUUUCGACAAAAGCAAAAUUAAUAAUUGAUUCCUGUAUUGAGUGUACUGUACUGCUCUCAGAAAUGCAGCAUCUUGAUUAUAGAGCAGUUAACAGAUGUGUUUGGAAUAAUUUGAUAAGACGCAUUCAAAACGAGAAAACGAUUCCCAAAAAUGAUAUGUUGCAGUGGAUCAAAGAGGACAUGAACGCGCUUUUAAAACUGUGUCUUAACUCCAAGCACGACACUGCCCUCCGUGAUCUACUGUAUGAUACAUUGUUAAUCAUUGCGGAGAGUGAUUUACUUCACGUCAAAAUUGGAUACGAUUCACCAGAGCAGUUGAUGUUUAAUUAUCAGAUGAUUAUGCCAUUUGUGUUAAACUCUCAUCUUCCGUUUCCUGAUUCGAAAAGUGAAGAAAUAACAAACUGCUUAUUUGAUCUGAAAAGAUACUCCGCUCAAAACGCGUAUUGGGACAUGCUUCAGAAAACUAUCCAAUACAUUUCCCAUCAAGACAAAAACAGUACCAAUAACAGCAUUCAGUUUCGCACGAUACGAACUCGCAUUUACAUACUGUUGGGAAAUCAUCUUGCUGAUCAAAUGAGUGCCGAUUCGGAAGGAUUUCUAGCUCAUCAAACCACAGUGAUGUCCUUUUUACUGUACCCAUUGGAAUAUGACCAGCUACUUUUAGUUGAGAACGUGAAGGAACUCUGGACUAAGCUGUAUGAUGAAGUGGUAAAGCAUGACUCAAAAUGUUGCGAAUUAAAAAAUACAUUCUGCGAAAUGAUAAAAGCCAUGACGGUCGCAAAGCAUGGUUACAAUCUCGCAGUUCUGGCAGAUUUCUUCUGUUACAUAAUACAGUCACUGCCAGCGCACUUCGAAGCUACAAGUCCACCCGUAAAAGUGUUGGAGCUUUUUAAAGAUGUUUCUAGAAAAGGGCUCGCCUACAAAUCGAAUCUGGAUCGCGUGGAGGUAAUGGUACGUUGCUUCCGGGAACUUUUGGAAAAAUUGGACGCCAGAGAUAUAUUGAUCUUGGUGUUACCGAUAAGGAAUGCAAUUAACGAGAUGGUUUCGAAUGAAAAUGGGUUGGCUAUGAACGAAGUGAAAAAAACACUUAAAGUUGUAUCCAACAAAAUGCUUCUGAAGGAAAUGACUACGGAUUUGAUCUCUCAGUCCAAUGAUGUGAAAUGGAAUUACAAAAUGUUACUCAAGACCUUAUUAGAUUUACCAGAGGAUUUAAAAAAGGGUUGGAAAACUGUGGAAAUGAAAAAGCGUAUGAUCGCCUGUGAAGGUAACAUUAGCAACACCAAAACUCCAACACGUAAAACACCUGACGAUGAGUUCGUGGUGAUAGAAAAGGUAUGGAAGUUCCAACCGGAAAUGCUAACCGAACAUCAACGGGAAAAAAUGAUGGAGAAGCGAACAGAUAUCCCUGCAUUGUACAACGAUAUGAGCCAAUCGCAAGACAGUUUCGUUAUAAAACCGUGGACACCAAGUAAGGGUGUUGCUUCGUUAAAACAGGAACGUACUAAAGCUACCGCUGCUGUCACCACUGUUGACAACGCGCCUCCAAACCCGGUAGAAAGCAGUAUUGCAGCAAAAGAAAUCAUAGAAACUUUAUCGACAGUAGAAAGCGAUCCACUUAUAUCGACGACAACGGACAGUGCAUGUGAUUCCAAGACGCACCGUUUAGAUAAAGAAAACAACAAUGGGAAUGUUCUGCGUGACCAAUCUGUAACAUCCUUAGAAAAGGAGGGGCAAACCGAAUCAGAGGAAGACAAGGCGGCCGAAAAGCAACAAAACCGAAGAAAAUCUAUUUUAGAUCAACUGCGCAUCGACACAGUGGAAGGUAAAAAUCUUAAUGUGAUGAAUUUGUCACGCACCCGGCAUUCGGAAUCAUUGGAAACGAGAACCACAAGACGGAAAAGUAUGUCGAGUCAAAAAAUGGGGAACGAGAAAAAAAGAAAUAAUGGUGAAAUUAUAAACCAAGACACCAAGAGUGCUUCUGCGUCAAAGGCAGUUAAAUCGAAAGGAACACAACAACGAGAAAGGCGAAUGUCUAGAAAACUGUUAAAGUUUGACAAUGACGAACAAGCUACCAAUUCAACGCCGUCUUCGUCGAGUCAACAUCAAUCCAAAGCUGAUGUAUCGGAUGAUGUAAUCGAAUCAUCUCAAUCCGACUCAUCUGAAACGACUAACAGAAGAACAUCCUUUGCAAAGCCAAAGGCUCAAGAACCGAAAGAAAAAACAAUCGCCCCAUCGGCGCCAAGCACAGACAUGAAGCAAACUAAAGAGAUCACGCUGCAAGACGAAACCCCUCAUCUAUCGCCCAUCAAAGAAAUGAAUGCUUCUGAUACUAGCACAGGCACUAAAGUAAACGACGUACAAAAUAAUGAAUCAGACAAUUCUGUACUUCCAAAUCAAAAGAAAGAAACUGGGGUAACUGUACCGACAGAAACAAAAGAAUCACCUAAUAAAGGGAUUGCCUCCGAUGACAGCACUACGAAACCGGAAACACACCAACAAAGUUCUUCAACGAGUUCUGCUUGUGAACAACAAAAUGCUGUAGUAACAAGUCCAACCGUUAUGCUGUCCCCAAACAGACGCUCCUCUCGGCUGUCUCUGGAAGAUAACAAGCAGAACAUUGGCAAGUUGGUUGCUUUUUCGCCAAAGAAAUUGUUGGAAAAUAAGAAUGUGGCAACAUUAUUAUACAGUCCCUCCAGAUCAAUUCAUAAGCAAGAAAUAAUGUGCAAAGGUACGCCAUCGAAAAACACUAAUGAUGCCUGCAACAACGCAAUGAGAGAAGCGCUACAGAUCGGCAGCUCGUCCAACAGCACCACUAAUGACAAAGAUGAAUGUAAACUAGUUGAGAAUCGGAGCGGUUUGUCUAGCCCCAAGGUUGCACGGUUCAGUCCAUUAGUUGUGUUGGAACCGAUUGUAAAUCUCGGAAAGCCAUUGCAGGACGUCGAUGGAAGUGAACCAAAAGACAUCUCUCAUCCCAUCAGCUCAGCGAUGGUAACGCAAAACGACGAGAAACUUUCUAGCUGCAAUGCACAGCAAUCACAGCCAUCCGAAGAACAUCGUGUAUCACACCUUACUCCUGCCACGCAUGUAGAUACGAAUGCCGAUUGCACCCCUAAGAUGUGUCCAGAACAACCGAUAUCUGUAGAGCAAUCCACCUGUGAACAAUCAGAACUUGGCAUGGAACAACUUUCUCCUAUUAAGAAUUUGGACGAGGAGAUGGAGCCGCUGAAUAAGUCGCUCAAUCGUAGCAUAGUAUCAUCGCCAGAUCUUGCCGGUGUGGAAGAUAGGAAUGCCGAUUUGUUGAAUAGUACAUUGAAUAUUUCUCCAAUUUCGGAAGAGAAAGGUACCAUGACUAAAUGCGUGGAUAGUGGAGAGUUGGCCGGUAGCGCUGAUAGACGUUCAUCUGGACGGAUUGUUGGUAGAGAACGGGAAAUAAUUCCAACCAGCAACACACCCGUUCAAACACCUCUUAUGUCCCGUCGCACUAAGCCCGACCCAACACCGCAGACUCCUUCAGGAUCGGGUAGUGGACUUAAAGCUCGCCGUCAGCAGCAGCCGUCUAUUACACGAAGUCCAAGGACAAGUAUGAUCGGUAUGGGUGGGCGUGGUGCACAACUGAUCAAUUUGAUUCGCAACCAACAAACCGAUCAAUCUCCAAAACCGAACACUCCUCCCCAAAAUGCAUCGACACCGAAGGGAGGCCAAUCAUCAGCUACCGCAAACCGUCUCAUGAUGCGCAAGAGAGCCAUUGUGGGGAGUGCCGCUUCUUCAGCACCAGUUGAUGACAGCACAGCCUUAGAAACGUUGAAAGAAAGAGAGGAAAUGAGUCACAAUAAUCCAUCCCAGUACUUGGUUUUCUCGAAAGUACUUCCUUCACCAAAAGCAUCGCCAGCAGGUAGCAUACUGAAACGUAGGCACAACCAGGAUGAGAGUGGUGAUGAUAUUGAUUCACCGGUUAACAAGCGAAAACGCGUAAGUUUUCACGAUCCUCCUGUAUCUCUUACCAAGGAAUACAUUCGACAAGUGGAAGAGUGUCGUCCAGCAUCGGUGAGUCGCAGUCUGCAACUAAACAGCAACAUUAUGUCGUCAGCUGAUAGGGCAAAGUUUCUGAUGAGACGUAAAAGCAAAUCAGAUAGCAUUUCAGAACUGCAAAACUUUACCAACGAGCAGACAAAUGCAGCAAAGAAAAUGGAUGCCGCGAUCUCUGAGAAUGCACCGAAUGACGAGAAUAUGGAAGGUGAGGAAGAGGAGCUAACAUCUUCGCCGGAAUCGUUGGAUGAGCACGAGUUCAUGAUGCACGAUGGUACGAAUAAUAUGACCGCGCUGCAGGUCUCCUCUGACUGUAUGGAUGUGGAUGGAAAUGAAAACAAAUCUAAUUCGAAAUCAAAAAUAGACGAUGGAAAAGAACAGAAAACAUUAGAUCCAUUAAACAAACAGCAAGGAUUCUCAGAAAUUUUAGAAAAAUCUAAUGAAACACAGAGUAAACACAUUUUCCCUUCUGAGGAUGCCGUUUUGGAGCAUGUGAUGAACCGUUACUCACUGGAUGAUAUGUUUGAGCGCUACAUUGCGGCUGGAAAAACGUUGGAAAAAACAAAGACAAUUCGAAGUUUAACAAAGGAACUUUCGUCAAAAAUGUCGGAUGAUUCAAAAACCCGUGACAUAGUGCUGGAUGAGCUAUCCGAGCGACAUUCGGUGGAAUUCCUGGACCAUGCCAUACAGGAAAACUCCAACGCUAAGGUUUGUGAACGUUUAUCAACCUUGGCGAUGAUGGAUCAUGUAUUCAAGCAGUUGCAUACUGCGUACAAUGCACCGUCGGGUGAUAAAACUCCUGCUGUUCCACAGAACGAAAAAGAAGAAACAAUUCGGUUAAUAGAGAACAUUUACGAAAAUCUAUUAAGCUUGCCCAUCAUUGAAACAGAUAGCCCAAAGUUAAUAGAACUUCGGGAGCAGCUGUUGAAACAAGGACUAGCGCGUAAAAGUCGUUUGGAGAUCAUGGCAUUGUUAGAACAUUACUUCAAAUCUUCCUCUUCAGAGUGAUCGUUGCAGCCUUCAUUUACGUAUUUUGACAACAACUGCUGCUGUGCGUGUUGGUGAAUUAAAUUUACGAAUAGUCCUUCAAUAUCUACUAGAAGAAAAUAUUAUUUUACUAUGUCGUUUCAGAUGACGCUAAGUAUUUAUUGUAAUAUAAUUAACUUUUUAUUGUACUUGUUUUUUUUUUUCCGGUUUUCAUUGAAUUUCUUUAAACGAUAAAAUAUUCAACGCCAUAACAAUACUGUACAAAAAACCUUCUUGAUUCCAUGGUAGUAAUUAAAUGUAACGAAAUCUGAAUUCUGUCUAUGUAAUCAGUACAACAAAUACGAAGAACAUUUUGCAUUGAUACCCUGUAACAUAUUAGCUUCUAGCUAGUAACUUAGGCUCUCUUUUAUAGGUAAUUUGAUGCGUACGCACUUUAACUUAUAUUUUUCAUUAUUUUGUCCAUAAGAAGUGUUGUAAGUGUUAUAAUAGCAAGCUUAAGAACGGAAAAAAGUAAAAAAUAACAGACUAGGACGAAGGAAAGAAAGGACAAAACACUAACGAGGGAACAACAAAUCAAACCUUAUCCUGAUAAUUUGCACAUUUAUAUUACUGAAUAAAAUUAAGUUAUAUAAAAACUAACAA